AUGGCGAGCGCGCAUCAUCGAAAGAGAUCCCGAGCAGACGACCUCUUGCAAGAGCACCGUCCUAACAAGAUCAAGUCGAGAGGCAGACUUUCCGGGCCGUCGAACUUCCCACCGGAAUUCUGGGACAACCUGUCCAAGGUCUGGCUCACCCCGCGCGCUCUGCGAGAACUCGACCGGCGGAACAGCACUCGGCCCACCCCAGAACUCGCGACGCCUGCAGUUUAUACCACCGAUCUUGCCCGCCGUUCGUCCGCAUUUUCUGGAAGCCGACGGACGCAGUCCACGCGGUCCACAAAAGCGACAAGCCUUUCCGCUAAGAGUGGAAAGUCAUCCGCAUAUGGUCAUGAGUUCGAAACGCAUCUUACCGACCAUGGAAUAUACCCUGAAGGGUACGAAUAUCCGGAGGACCGUUCAACGCCUGAGCCUGGUAACCAAGUUCAUCAAGACCUCUCCUCGAAAUUCCGCGACUUUAAGCGGAAAGACGCGCGAGCCACCUUCGAAAACGACGUUAUGGCUACUGUCGUUCCUAUUAUCUGUGGAGAUGUCGAUAUUCCCAGCAGGCAGAAUGUUCUCUUCACCGAGCUUGCGCCUCUAACGUCCACUUAUGAUGAGGUGCAUGCAAGCGUUCCGGUAGCGCCGAACUUCUUCCUCGAGGCCAAGGCGCCAAAAGGAGCCGCAGAUGUAUUGAAGCGACAAGCAUGCUACGACGGAGCAUAUGGAGCUCGCUUCGACAUGACGGAUAGCCGCGAGACAUUCGUUCAAGGAGCAACGGCAUUUCGGAACGCGAGGGACUUGGCGCAACGGUACCGUGACCAGCUCAUCCAGGCGGCGAAUGCAAAAGCGCGCCAGUCUAAUACAGAGGCGCCGCCUGAAGCGGAAGUCAGAGUUGCUAUAGCAGAGCACUAUGAAGACUCGACCGCCGACGAAUUCGUGGACUGUGAGGAGUAUGCAUCACAAGUUGUCGGCAUCGAGAACCACCCUGCAUUUGGAGAUGCCGACGAGGCGCUGGCUCCUCCCCAGUACCUUUAUGCAGAGGACGAAGAGCCCAGUCAGGAGUCCACAUCUCUUGGUGCCGAGCCGGCCAUGAGCUUCGCGACGAGCUUUACAUUGAGCUUCAUCCAGAGCCAAACCAGCUCGAAGCGAACCAGGGCAUCCCACAGUCCCCCGUCGAAUUCCCGGCCACGUAAGAAACUCGACCGGGCCGAGAGGCAGGCACACCGUAGUGCGCCUCGACGAUCGGCCGGAUCCUCCGCGCAGGGAUCUACGUCGUCGGGAUCUGCUGGACUACCGCCGGCCUCGGCCUCAUCACCGCCUUGCCAGACCGCCGCCUAUUCCCCGCCGCCUUGA